AUGAAAAGGGUUCUUAGCAUCAUAAAUAAGAGCAAAUUUGCUUUUAGCUCUGACUAACCUCUAGCAAAAACUGCUCUUUGUGAAUUUCACAAGUCUUAAUUAAAUGCAAAAAUGGUCGAAUUUGCAGGAUACGAAAUGCCUGUUUAGUACAAAGAAGGAGUUCUUAAAGAGCAUUUACAUACUAGAGAAAGUGCUUCACUAUUUGAUGUCUCCCAUAUGGGUUAAGUGAAGAUUAGAGGUAAAGAUUCUGUUGACUUUAUUGAAAAGCUUAUUGUUGGUGAUAUCAGAGGUAAGCCUGUAGCUGAAGGCUUUUUGAGUCUCAUUUUGAACAAAAAUGCAGGCAUUAUUGAUGAUACAAUUGUUACUAAGUUCGAUGACCACAUUCACAUGGUUGUUAACGGUGCUAACAAGUAUAUUGAUUUAGAACACAUGAAAAAAUUAAAAGAAGAAUUUUUUGCUAAUUCUGAUGUCUCAAUCGAAUAUUUAGAUACAAGAUAACUUAUUGCAAUUCAAGGUCCUAAAGCUGCUUAAGUUUUAUAAAAUCUUACAGAUACUGAUUUAUCAAAAAUUAAAUUUAUGCAUCAUGUUGAUCUUACUCUUAAAGGAGGUAUGAAGGUCAAUGCAUGCAGAUGUGGAUACACUGGAGAAGACGGUUUUGAAAUCAGUGUUAGUGAAUAAGAAGCUGUUUAAUUAGCUGAGUUACUUUUGGCAAAUCCACUUUUAAAACCUGCUGGUCUAGGUGCAAGAGAUUCUCUUAGAGUUGAAGCUGGUCUUUGCUUGCACGGAUAAGAUAUGAGCCCUUAAAUCUCUCCUGCUGAAGCCACCUUACUCUGGACAGUUAGAAAGACAAAGGAUAAUCCUUUCCCAGAAAAGUAAAAGUUCUUAGGAAGUGAAGUUUUAGCAAAACAAAGAAAAGAGGGAGUUUCUUAGAAGAGAGUUGGAUUUGCAGUAAAAAAUAAUGGUAUUAUCAGAUAAGGAUGUGAUGUACUUGAUGAAUAAGGAAACAAAGUUGGUCACGUUAGCAGUGGUACUUAUUCCCCUAUAUUAAAAAAAGGAGUUGGAAUGAUUUUUGUUCCUCCUGCUCUUUCAUCAGUUGGCUAAUAACUUAAGGCUGUUUCUAAAGGUAAAGAAUUCCCAAUCGAAGUAACCAAAAUGCCAUUCGUAGAAGCUAAAUACUACAGAGGAUAAUGA